CUUUUUAUGCCCGAUGAGAACCCCUCUCACUCUUUCCGUCAGCAUCACGAAUUUGACUCCAGCUCCCAGGAUCGGCGCAGCCGCCAAGCGUUGUUCCUCUCAUAUCUAGCAUGUUUCCUCGAUGAAGAACAUUAACCGGGCUUUGAGAGAGGAUUGGCACGCUGUACCUGUAAUCACACCAUAGGAGAGUGUGUGAAGUACUCAUCCCGAAAUGGCCGAUUCUUCAAACGGCCAACCUCCAGGCCAUGGCACCAGCAACAAUCCGAUGGCUACCGACUUUCCAAAUCCGGUAUUCACCUUGGAUGACAUGCCGCCUGAAAUUCUGGCACUGAUUCUGGAAUGUCUCGUCCCUCAACCGCCCGAAAUUGGCGACACACACCCUGUUGCCUACGACCAGUUGGCCAGCGAUGAGCCGUGGUUCGACUUCACGCGUCGUCGCCGCGGGCUCCACAGCGUUUGCCUUGUCUCGCGCCGCUUCGCCGAGAUGGCCCGCCCCUUGCUGUACCGCAUCGUCGCCCUGUGCGACGAGCCGUCCAUGGUCCUCUUCCUCCGCACCAUGUGCGAGAAGCCUCGCUAUGCCCAAUGGACACGCCAUCUCUCCUGCCACCUGACUCUGACCAGCGAGACUGUGAUCCGCGAAACCCGCCGGGCCCUCACCAAAUAUCUUCCCUCCAUCAAGCUGGUCAUUGAGUCCGAGAACCUCAACAACAUGGCCCGCCAGAUGCUGGCGGCUUUGAAGUUCGGCAUCCAAACGAACCAGCGCACCCCAGCACUGCCCGGCCUGGUUGACCAUUAUCCGCAAUUAGUCCUGUUAGUCAUUCUGAUCUUUCUCACCAAACUGGAGGUCUUGCUUCUGCAGGUCCCCAUCUGCGAUGAUGACCCGGAAUACGACCGCUUUUGCGAGGCCGUCAAGAGGCUGUUCAGCACCUACAAUGAACCAGAGAUAACUCCCUUUCAAAACAUUCACACCCUCCUGUUGCAAGGCGACCCGGAUUUGUUAGAGCACUUUGAAGCAGAGAAUUGCGACUGCGAGAUUCCGGAAGCUUGGGGCGCGCAGCCGCGCCAAUACGCGUCACUUUACGAGUCGUUCCCGAACCUAACCACACUCGAAGUCAGCGCCGACGACGGCAUCUGGACAAACGUGGAAGAGGAGCGUCUUUCCUUUCUUGUCGGCGGCAGGGUGCCAACCCCCUACCUCACCAACAUCCGCAAGAUCUACCUUCACAAUAGUCUUGCCUGUCCGCGGAAUCUGCACCAGAUCCUGCUGAAUGCGCCCAAGCUCGAGACCUUGUACAUGACGUCGCGUCCUUACGAGCCCACCAUCGAGACGCACCACGACAACAGCACCCACGCGGACCCGGAGGCAUUUGACUUUGGGCUGAUGCGACAUGCAAAGAAGCUGCGCAACCUCGACAUCAGCUGGGUCGAUGUCCGUGGAUUUGAAUGUUUGAUCGGGCCCGAGGGUAGGCUCGCCGCUCUGGCUCAAAUGGAACGGCUUGAGACACUGUGUAUUCAGCUGGCCGUUUUAUACGGGAAACCCUCCACCGUGGCCGAGAUACCACUCGUCGAUUUGCUCCCGCCUAAUCUAGUUGAGCUGACGCUCGAGGACUGGUGGUGGCAGAAUGCGGACAUGGUUGAGGUCCUCCCGUACUGGGACGUCGAGGACAAGGUCAAGCACUACCAAUCCCAUCACAGCUACCGAGAGACCGCGCUGCGGACCUUGACGCAGUUCGCAUGCGACGUGAGAACACGAAUGAGCAAGCUAAAGAAAGUGGUGUUUCUGUGCAAGAUCCCGUGGACAUGGGUCAUGGAGGACGCGGUUCCCCUCGAGUUCCAUUUUGAGCAGCUCAGGCUGAUGUUCAACACGCAGGAUAUUGACUUCCAGGUCAACUGCGACGAAGUGUCAGAGCCGCAGACUCGGGAGGUUAUCCCCGGCCGGUGCUAGUUACGUCUUUGUCAAAUUGUCAGACACAGCGCAUGCACUCGGAUCGAAUGCACUUGGAUCGACCUGUAUCUUGAGAGCCAGUCCGGCUCAGCAUAAUCGCGAUUCGCUGGAACUCGGGUCCUCUAUUGGUGCCUGCAGUAUUGUAUUGUACCUCUAAUGUAUGUACGCCAGGUGCUAGGAAAGCAACAACUGUCUGUUAGAGUCUGUUACAGUACAGGGAGCGACUAUUUGGCAGACCUCAGGCUGCCCAUAGUGUACAGAUACGGUAACACUUGAGAUCUAGGGCUUUGGUCGUCCUCCAGCAAUACGAGUUCACUAGUCAACGCCAAGAUAAUUGGGGCUCUGCGUAGGCUGCGGCAGAGAGCUUCGGUGAGUGACUAUGAAUUGCUGGAACCUUCUGCCAGAUCCCUGCAGUCUGACUGUUUCUGCAGAAGCUCAACCUCAAACCGCCUAU